AUGGCCUCUGGCGGAGGCUUCAACUAUAAGCCUAAUGUCAAUCGCAAUGUAACACAGAAAUGGCGAAACGCAGCACGCCCAAACUACGACGACGAUGAUGAGUGGGGCGACGACGGCUAUGGAGACUACAACGAUCCACCUCCGAUACCUCCUCAAGCUCCCUCCCGGCCCGGCUGGGGAAAUCAGAUGCCGCCACCAAGUCGCAGCUUCACGAAUCCCUCUCCGCCAAGAUCCAUCGGCCGGCCCUCCUUUGAUCGUGGCGACGACCGAAGACACGUCUCUUCAGGAGGUGGCUUCGAUUCUGCUUACCCGACUGCGCAACGAUCGCCCUUUCCAGAACCGCAACACGAGCCGCCGCCACCCCAACAGCGAUACUAUGCUCAACCACCAUUGCACAUAAACACUCACGGGCAAGGGCCAUAUCCACACCCAAAUGCACGUCCAGGCUCUCGAGGGUCACAACGGACUGGUUAUAGCGACGGGCCCUAUUCUGCACCUGGCCCUUACGGUCAGCCGCGGUCUCAUUCUGGCCAUAGACCUCCUGGACCUCCCCCUGUUGGCUAUUCGCAGCGCCAAGGUAGUCCGGCACGACCAGACAGUCGCUCUUCGAAUCAUUCAAAUCGAAUGCCGCCGCCCAGGAAGAGCAGUCUUAGCCAGGAGCGUGCACCUCUACCUACGUGGACGGGUCCACCUCCACCUCUCGAACCUGAGGAGGACAACAGUGCCACUGUACCACAGUCCACAGAACCAGUCAAGCCAUUGCCCUUCAUCCGCCCGUCUGACAUCUACAAGCGUAUGGAAGAGGAAAGGCAGCGAGAACGACAGUCCAUGGAUUCUUCACGUCCCAGCCUUGAACUUGACACCACACGAUCACAUGACAGCGCAGUGACAGCCAGGACUGGCGGAUCGGAAAACAAACAGCCCGCCAAUGAUGGAGACACUGAUAGCGCUCGAAGAUUGAGAACGAAUCUCGACCCAGUCCCUGAGCGCAAGAGUGAAUAUGGAAUGGACAACAUGUUGAAGACGCCCGAGGCAGUUGACGCCCAAACCCAGAGCGAAGGGGUCCAUCGGAAUGGCACCACCGCCUCGUCUGUGUACACUGACCGGCCAGACCCGGUCUCUGCUUCAACAGAGAACGAGGAGCCGUCCUCGGCGUUUUCAUACGAGCCGAGUCUUCCAACUUUGGGCCGUUUGUCUGUAUUCAAUCCUCAGCUAGAUCGAGACGUAUCAGCUGCCGAUGCUAUGCCAGAUACGAGGUCCGCGACCGAUGUCGCUCCAGCCAACCAAGACGUGUCUUUAGAUCACAAGCCGUCCUUUGGCUAUAGAUCCGUGGUCCAACAAGCUUUUGACAGUAGCCAAAAGCCAGACCCAACUUCACCCACGUCUACGGGGGAGACGAUACCUCGUUCGAAUAGUGCCAGUACCUCAGACCUAAGUCCCAUUGUUACAAGAAAGCAUGACUCGGCGUCGCAGGGACAGGCAACUACAGAGCCCACAAUUCCUGAGGAGCCAUCCUCGGUGUCGUCGGACAGACCGCUGUCCGCGUCCACGAUCAAGGGCGCGGAUUCUACGGCUCCGCUCGCUUCAGUUGUCACACCUGGGUAUCGUCGAGACCAAACGCCCCCGAGCAGUGGCAGUCCUGCACGCAGGGCCGAUGUCAGGCACUCUGGAGAAGUUCAACCACAACAAGGUGUGCUCUCACGAAUCAACACUACUGAACAGGAGCCAGAAGCGACUGAUCGUGGACGACCGGUGCCUCCUGGCUUAGGUGGGAUCAUCUCUCCCAGCGCCAGUCAAGCAUCUGGCGUGUCCGAGGAGUUCAACAGAUGGCAAGCUCAUUCGCAACAAUUUAAUGAACGCCUCGGGAACGGACGAAAUAGUCCUGCUCCUACGGGCUCUCCAAUCUCACGCGCAGAAAGUCCACCAAAGGGCACCGUCAAAGGGCUGGCAGGCAAGUAUGAGAGCAACUCGGGUCGUUCCACACCAGUCAAUAGUACAGCCGAAGAGGAGCAUUUCACCCGGCCAGCACAGGCUCGACUGGAGAGUUUUCGCCCCGUUCUACCAGGGGCAUGGCAAUCUUACACCGCCACGCCUGCGCUCGGUACUCCUCAGAACGAAAUACCAAAGCCAAGCUUGCCAGUCCGUCUGGCGCCCAAGGAUUUCUCUCGCGGCACUGCACAGACCGCCUGGGCUGCAGCAGCAGCGGCAGGCACUGCGCUCGCAGGCUCGUUCAAUGGUCCCGCAUUCAGUACGCGACAUCCCGAGACAUCGGAAGAUGAAAGCGAGAAUGAAUGGGAUCAAUCGAGCGAUUCGAGCAAGGAGCCGGCAGAAGCCCAUGAUGUACGAACCCGCGAUUUCGCUGCUCCACAACCAAGGAGUGUGAGCCCUCUGCCGACAGAGAAGUCCGGAGCGGCGACGACAUCGGCUGAUGGCCACCGAAACAUCUCGUCGACGAGUGAUGACCGGAAGUAUAUCCCGGCACCGCUCCGAAUGAGCAAAAGCCUCGAGCCUGGUGGCGGUGCAUAUGCCUCCACCGACACCAGCUCAUCAAAUGACGAGGACGUGGGGCACGGCCACAAUGAAAAAUUACAAGAAGACAUCGUCAAAAGCUUGACGCCUCGGUCAUCCAACAUCGAAGACCAGGCCACUGCGCCGGCGACGAGCGGAGUCAACAUUGGCUCAUCAUCACAUGUUCCCGACGGUACUAGAGGGCAUGGCCUGCAAGAAUCGGAAGACAUGUAUGGCGGCCAGUCAGCGCAACUGACACCGUCAGUCGACGCUCCCCGUCCCGAAAUGUCCGCUUCUGCCCACCAGCCACAAGUCUCGGUGUCAUCAUUAGACAGUCCUCCACAGCGACCAUUCCUCGAGCAGCGCUUCUCUUGGGAGAUGGGGCAAGCCGAUGACAAACAUGCUGAUAUCGUCGAAGCCAUUGAGCCCUCCACCUUGGCGGUGCCGCUUGGGAAGGCAGCAACUAAGGAUCAUGUUGAUGAUGUAAAGGAUCCGCAAGAUUCGAGAACAUCCGGUGUUACUGCUGCUACCGCUGCUGGCAUCGGUGUCGUUGGUGCUAUUGGUGCUGCUGGCGCCCUUGGUGGUGCUGCUCGUACAAAGUCGUCCAGAUCAAGCUCGUUCUUUAAGGACAAUCAAACAACACCAUCCAUCGAAGCAGCUGGCCCUGCUGUCGUAUCGGGAAAUUCUGACAAAGGCUCGUUCCCGCCUGCUCCAACCAGUCCUUCACAGAUCAAAUCAUUCCAGAACAUAAUGAAGAUGGGGAAUCAGCAAGAUCGCAUUAAAGCACUUGAGGACAACAGGUUUGCCUAUGGCCAGAAUGACGGCAAGCUUGAUCAAUGGAUUCAAUCCUUGCAGAGUCCAGAGUACACUGACAUCUUCCAAUCGAACGGACGAAUCUCCAAACCAUCUGGCGCGAGCAACGGGCAAUCAGGUCCACAACGUCUACCAUCUAACCGACCCCUUGGCAACAUCAGUGGCGGCCGCGUCAUGCAGGAGGAUGGUAAGAAGUUGAUGGCGGCUGCUGGCCGUUUUGGGGGAAAGGCAGGGGUUGCUGCUAAGGGUCUCUUCGCGAAAGGCAAGGACAAACUAAGGGCGGCGAGUGCCAGUGAAAAGGGAUCUCAGGAUAAUCGCAAAUCUUCUGGCUCGAUGCCGACUAUCGACGAUGACCCGGCACGAAAUCCAAGAAGUUCGACAGCUCUAGUUCCACCGCAACUACCAGCAUCGGAUAUGGUCUUGUCGCCAAUGGACGAGUCCAAGUGGUUUGCGUUCGAUGAGCAGGGUGGUGCCAAAUCUCAGGGCCCCAUUGCUGGUCAGCUCGACAGAGACACUCCUACAGGACAGCUUGCCGCCGAGGCCGUCAACGCGUCUCCAGCAGAAAGAGAUCUACACAAACUCUCAUCUUCGUCAUCCCAGGAACAACAUCAUUCCGUGGCUAACCUGCCUGCGGUCUUGAUUGGUUCGGUGGACUCGUCUGCAAGCCAGUCUGAAAAGCCACAUCACGGUUCGCAGGCGCUCAAAGAGGAUGAUACGGCUGUACAAGAACCCUCCCAUGUUCAUCAACGAAAUGUUUCGGAUCUAACUCCGGACGAGCAAGCAAGGUCACAAUUGCUGGACACUCGCGAGGAGCUGCGUCCUACGGAGAGACUUGCCGUGGGUGUCGAGAGACAAAGUUCGGUCGUUUCUGCCGUUUCCAGCGCUAGUCACAGCCCGGCUGUAAGCAACGGAGAUGCUGCUCAUCGCAGUGUUUCCCCGGCUGUACACGAUUCUGUCCAAGUAGAAGCUGCGCCUGACUACGAAGAGACACACAAGCCGCCUACCACAACCAUCGACACUAAGGAUGAGGAGGCAGCCAGAGAUAGAGGUGCCAACGCAGACAGCCACGAUCCUGUGCCUCAGUAUGAAGAGACGCCUGUCGACCAAAACCGCCUGCCACGUAUCGGUCCGGAUGCUCAGAUCCUGCCCGUAGCUGACCUUGGGACGCGGCAAAGACCAGAGCCAACAGUCACUAACAGGCCUUUCUCCUUCGAGGGCUCUGAAGCACUUCGCCAAGCUCAGGAAGCAUAUGUCCGAGACCAACAGGCUACUCCAGGCCAGUCGCAGCCUAUGAGCCCGGUAAGCCAGACCGCGAGCAAGACAAUGUCACAAGUCAGCCAGGAGGAAAUCCCAGAGAGUCGAGAGCCAGCACCGAACCGGCAGUCUAAAUCGUACUCGCGACCCUUCGUUGCAGCAAAUCUAGGCCAACACCCUGCCUUCAGGCAGGAUGAUCAGUCCAGAGGCCGUGGCCAGACGGAAACGAGUGGAGCGCCGAUCGCUGGACCCCAGAACCUGCAGGAUGAAGCAGCCAAAUAUUCUGAACAGCUUCGUCCCAAUGCAGAGGAGGGCUACAGGAUACCUGGUCCAUAUGGCCAGGAGUACCGUUCGCCGAAGCCAAAGACAUCGACGCCCUCGCCCACGGCGCCUCAGCAACGUGGCCAGAAUCCGCUCACAUCUCCGGUGACCAAGACUUCCUCCUACGAAGAUUAUGGCGACAAACACUUUGCCCCUGUAAAGAGCGAGGAGCCCCGAAUUAUGAGCCUCCUCCUCCAGUCCACGAGCAGCCACGACCAGCUAAGCGCAGCUUUGGUGCCUUCUUCCGCGCCAAACCCAAGCAAGGGCCUGCACGACGGGAAAGCACUGACCUGGACGAGUACGGAAUGCCUGAGAGACGUCCCGGAUUCUUCUCGCGCGACAGUCGACAGGAUAGCAACUCUUCGCAGCCAAGCAGCCAUGGCGAGUCCCGAGAUGCUUUCGCGUGACUACUCUGGUGGUGCCUACGCUCAGCAACAGCAGCGACCGCAACAACAGUACCAGACCACAGAUCAGUACUCCAAUGAUCGACCUGUCGACGCUACUAACAAGAAGAAGAAACGCUUCUCAGCUAUGGGUAAUUUAUUCUCCUCGAAGAACGACAGGCCAGAUCGAACAUCGACGCCCCAGCGAUCGACGACCCUUCCACCCAAUUCCACCCAACCCAAUCGUGACGGCCCGCAGGGACAGUACCAGGGCCAGCCACGGCCAUACCAGCAUGUGUCAGGCUACCAAGAUCAAAAUCGAGACCAACAACCACAGAGCUACGGCAAUGCAUCGACUCAGCAGUACCCUCAGCCCUACCAGAACUAUACUGGUCCGCACCAGCACGAAUCCCGACCCUCAGACCUACGAAUUGACACAAGUAACGGCCAAAGCGGUAGACCUUACAACCAGCCCGCCACUGCACCUCCUCAAACCUAUGCACCUCGCGACAUCUCCUACGGCUCAAACGCCAAUAACGCGCACCAGCAGUCGAGCGCUCCGGGCUCCGCCUACAAUCUCGUCACGAGCCCCAUUCCUGUCCCCAGUACUCGCGCACCAGCCACCGCGGCCGCCAAUACGUCCUCCACCAAAUCCAACAUUGACGCACACGUCAUAAACCUGCACAAGCGCUCCCGCUCUCCGGCCUCAGAAGAACGGUUCCGACGCAGCCAACAACUUGCUCCGCCCGAGCCCGAUGAAGACGCCAACUCUCCGGCUGGCGGAUUGGGAACGUUCAUGAACAAGAAAUACAGUCCUGUUGACGGGGUCCCGCGAGCAGCGGGCGAGCAGGAGAAGCCCUGGCGGAUUGGCAUUCCCGGGUUGACGAGUGAGGAGGAGGAGCGGAGGCGGAGUAAGCAGGUUCUGAUUGAGCAGGGUGAUAGGGGGAGGGGUGUGGGUGGUCCGGUUGGCGGUGGAAAUAUGGGUCAGCAGAACAUGACUGUUGCGGAACGCAUGAUGGCGCCUAGCAAUGCAGCAGGGCAAAGCAGUGGUGGUGCGCUGUGGCGGAAUGGGAACUCGGGCAACAGAAACAACGGCGUUGUUAGCCCCAUCGCGGAGCCGGUCAAGCCUUCGCCGAUGCUCACAGGUGGCGGUUCGCCCGACAGGAAUGCGAUUGGCAGUCGCGACGGGCGGAAAGGGUAUGUGGCGGAGUUGCCGGGCAGUAAGGCGGAGGGGUACGAGAGUGAGGAGGAAGUCACGAUGAGCGCGACUGUCAGGCCGGGGGAUUGGGAUUGGAAUAUGCCUGUGUUUGUGGAUGAUACAAAGUGA